AUUAAAGUACAACUUGACUAGGUCUAGUGUGCGUGACUUCCGCAAGUAGGAAAAUGGCGACCGAAGGACCUGUCAACCCAUUUGAGGGAAUAAAGAAAAGUGUAGAAAUUGAUGGGAAGAACUUCUCCUUCUUCAAUUUGGCUGAUCUUAAAGAUGCCAGAUACGAAAAGUUGCCAUUUUCCAUUCGAGUUUUAUUGGAGUCGGCCGUGAGAAAUUGUGAUGAGUUUCAAAUACAGAAGAAGGAUGUGGAGAGCAUAUUGAACUGGGAGAGGAAUCAGGGACAAAGCGUGGAGAUUCCAUUCAAGCCAGCGCGAGUCAUCUUACAGGACUUCACUGGUGUGCCAGCUGUCGUGGACUUUGCUGCCAUGAGGGAUGCAGUGAAACGACUAGGUGGCAACCCAGAGAAGAUCAACCCUAUCUGUCCAGCGGACCUCGUUAUAGACCACUCAAUCCAAGUGGAUGUCUCUAGAAGUAUAUUGAAAUAUUCUCCCAACCCUGGAGGAGGUCAAAGUUCAGAGGUUCAGGGGUCACAGAGGUCAACCUGCAACCUGUGUGUUGAUCCUCGAUCUCCCAUCUCCGAUCAAAUAUGUCCUUUUCACAAGCAGAAGACGAAGGGUGCAGAUGCUUUGGAACAAAAUCAGGAACUAGAAUUUGAGAGAAAUCGGGAGAGAUUUGUCUUCCUCAAGUGGGGAGCAUCUGCCCUGAAGAACAUGCUGAUCGUACCCCCGGGGUCGGGGAUUGUCCACCAGGUCAAUCUGGAGUACCUGGCCCGCGUUGUCUUCAACGAGGAGGGUCUUCUGUACCCAGACAGUCUUGUGGGGACAGAUUCGCACACCACCAUGAUCAACGGACUCGGGGUGGUCGGCUGGGGAGUAGGCGGUAUAGAAGCAGAGGCGGUCAUGCUUGGUCAGGCGAUCAGUAUGGUGCUUCCAGAAGUGGUGGGGUACAAACUUACCGGAAUGGUUGACCCUCUGGUGACCUCUACAGAUGUUGUGCUGACCGUUACCAAGCACUUGAGACAGAUUGGCGUGGUGGGAAAGUUUGUGGAGUUUUUUGGACCAGGCGUGUCCCAACUGUCCAUCGCUGACCGGGCCACCAUCUCUAACAUGUGUCCGGAGUACGGUGCCACAGUGGGGUUCUUCCCGGUGGAUGAAAAGAGCCUGGAAUAUCUCAGACAGACAGGUCGAUCAGAGGAGAGGAUCAAGUUCAUUGAGAAAUUCCUACGAGAAAUCAGAAUGUUUAGGAACUACAACAACGCGGAGGAGGAUCCUGUAUUUUCACAGAUGGUGGAGCUGGACCUCAGUACUGUGACAUCGUGUUGCUCCGGACCGAAGCGGCCUCACGAUAAAGUUCCCGUGUCGGAAAUGAAAACAGACUUCCAGGCCUGUCUCAACAACAAGAUUGGGUUUAAGGGCUUCGCUAUACCGGCCGACAAACAGGCAACCAAAGUCCCGGUCGUGUAUGACAACCAGGAGUAUGUCUUGUCACAUGGUUCUGUCGUCAUAGCAGCAAUCACCAGCUGCACUAACACCAGUAAUCCUAGUGUUAUGCUCGGGGCAGGUUUAUUGGCUAAGAAGGCAGUGGAGGCGGGGCUCAAUGUCAAACCAUACAUCAAAACCAGCUUGUCUCCAGGAAGUGGAGUCGUCACUUACUACCUCAGGGAGAGCGGGGUCACACCUUACUUAGAGAAACUAGGGUUCGACAUUGUGGGGUAUGGCUGUAUGACGUGCAUUGGUAACAGUGGCCCCCUACCAGAAACAGUAUCUGGAGCAAUAGAAAAGGGUGACCUGGUGGCCUGUGGUGUUCUAUCAGGGAACCGAAAUUUUGAGGGGAGGAUCCAUCCACUCACUAGGGCUAAUUACCUAGCCUCCCCACCCCUAGUCAUCGCCUACGCUUUAGCCGGCACUGUCCUGAUCGACUUUGAGAAAGACCCCCUGGGAACCAAUCCGGAGGGCAAGCCAGUCUAUCUUAGAGACAUCUGGCCAACUAGAGAUGAAAUCCAGGCAGUAGAGAGAGAGUUUGUAGUCCCAGCAAUGUUUACCGAUGUGUACUCCAGAAUUCAGCAAGGAAACAAAAGGUGGAACUCCUUAGUCGCACCCGAGGGCAUGUUGUAUCCGUGGGACGAAAAAUCAACCUACAUCAAAUCACCUCCAUUCUUUGAAAGCAUGGGCAAGGAAGUGUCCCAGCCAGAAAGCAUUAAAGACGCUCAUGUUCUACUUAACUUUGGGGAUUCCGUGACCACGGAUCACAUAUCCCCCGCUGGCAGUAUCGCCAGAAAUAGUCCAGCAGCACGUUACCUAGGCAAUAGAGGGUUAACCCCUCGCGAGUUUAACUCGUAUGGAUCUCGUAGAGGAAAUGAUGCCAUAAUGUCACGAGGCACCUUUGCCAAUAUUCGUCUAGUCAACAAAUUCAUGAGCAAGGCCGGCCCCAGAACGCGACACAUACCAUCUGGUGAUGAGAUGGACAUUUUUGAUGCUGCGGAUCGAUACCGUAAGGAAAACUGCCCAGUCAUUAUUCUGGCCGGGAAGGAGUACGGGUCUGGUUCGUCCCGGGACUGGGCAGCUAAAGGGCCCUGGAUUUUGGGUAUUAAGGCAGUGAUCGCAGAGAGCUAUGAGCGCAUCCAUCGUAGUAACCUGGUGGGAAUGGGAAUAAUUCCGUUCCAAUAUUUAGAGGGUCAGACCGCAGAAAGCCUGGGACUCACUGGAACCGAGACCUUCUCCAUAGAAAUCCCAGACAACCUCACGGCCGGUCAAGUGUUAGAGGUCAAGCUGAGCGAUGGCAGAACAUUCCAAGUGAAAGCGAGGUUCGACACAGAGGUUGAGUUGACCUACUUUAGACAUGGUGGGAUCCUGAACUACAUGAUAAGACGAAUGCUCUGACAGACAUAACCUCCGAGUGAAAGUUGCCAUAUCAGGAGCACAGAAAACACUGGGGAUCGCUUUGUUGAUUACGAUUUUUUGAUUUGGGGUGGAUGAUCUUGAUAGGAAAAAGUGGAAAUUUGCAGGCUCAAUGCUUAACACGUGUCUUUCAGAUGUUUAUGUAGAGUUAUCUCCCUUUUUAUUUUGCCAUUGAUUUGUGAUCAAGAAUUUGGAAGAAAAAAAAAUGUGUUCAGAAGUACGAUGUUUUAUACUGGUAUAAUGUACAAGGUUAAUUCUCCGUUUUGAUAUUUUUGAAUGAGCAGAUGAUAUGCCUGCAUACAAUGAGGUUGAAAUGAAUCUUUCAGGAGCUGACGAUAUCAGGGGGAAAAAAAUUGCAUUUUGAAAUUAGGUACAAGGUACCUCUUUUGCUUUGAUGAAAAAUUAUUUUACUGUGUAUUUUUUUUUUUUAUAAAAGAAAUAACUGAUAUUCUUAAUUACAUUGUGUAUUGAUAUUUAUUUCGACUUUGGAAACCUCUUGUGUUUGAACUUUAUGUUUUUAACAGAGUUUUACGGUCGGGUGUAAGCAUGCAUUUGUAUGAUUGUAUUGAAAAUGUUACUGGGUUUUUAAUUUUGAUUUCUAUAUUAAGAAAGCAUUUCUGUAAGAUAUUUUCGGGGUUUUUUAAUUUUGAUUUUCUGUAUUAUGAAAGCAUUUCUGUUUGUUUACACGUACCAGCUUCUCUUUCUGAAUAUUCAGGUUUAUAAUACAUGUGAGGGGUCUACUUUUUGUAUUGAUUUCCAAUUUAUGAUUUGAAAAAUCAGUUGUAUAAAUGAACAUGGACAGAAUUUGCUGUGAAAUUUUUAUUUGAAAUUUACGAAACAAAUUAUGCUAUUUAAUGAGAAUAAUCCCUAGGAUGAUGAGUAUGUGAUGUUGAUUUGAGAGAAUAUGUGUUAGUUAAUUAAUACACACAUUUGUGUGUUUUGAACGAUAUAAAAUUUGUCGUGGUUGAUAUAGUAUUACAGUGACUGUUGAUAUACUGUUAUAUUGACUGCUGGCAAAACCCAGGAGAAGAAACUGUAACAAAUAAAACUCAAAUUCAUCAUGUGAUCAAA